GUUGAAAAUUUGGUUACUGCAUAACACUACCUUUCCCUUUCUCUCUUAUUUUCUGUAAUUUCCAUUCAUUUUCGCUGCCACUGAUUUGAUGAGCCAGCGAUGGCAUCAUCAAAGGAAUCAGAAGAAUCAGAGGCUUUCCACUGGCACUUCCCUGAGCUCGAAGAUAUCCACUUCGAGAUCCACGGAAAGACGCUGUACUACUUCAUUGCUCUCUUCAUUGUCGUUCUCCUGCUCUCCCUCCUCGUCAUCUACUGGCGCUGGUUCAGGCGUUGCCACCGGGAUAACCCCACCGUUACGUCCCACGCGCCUACCCCACCUCGCCCACAACCACGGGGGCUUGAUCCAGCCGCCAUACGCGCCUUGCCCGUCACGUUGGUCACCAAUGCCGCCGUACCGGAGACUGAUUGCUCUAUCUGCCUCGUUAAAUUUGAAGACGGCGACAAAGUUAAGGUAUUGCCUCAAUGUCAACAUUUGUAUCAUUCCGAGUGUGUCGAUCAGUGGCUUAGUACUGAGUCAAGUUGCCCACUUUGUAGAUCUUCUAUCCAAAUUGACUCAGAUCUUCCUCAGAUCAUAACUCAAUAAAAGGAAAAAAAAGGAAAAAAAAAAAAAAAAAGAAACUACUCAUCGGGUGUAUUAUUAUUUCUAUUUUAUAUCAUUGGUUUGGUCUAUACUUGUAAAUCGGAUAGAAAUUAAUGAAUAAAAGCAUGAAUCUGUUUUGUUUAGCUAAGUGAAGCAGUUCUUUCUGGGUCUUCCACUGUUUUUUUUCCGGAUCUAAGUCUUGUUGAGUCUCCCUUGAUGGGAAUAGUACGUGUUCGACGAAUUCCAAGAGAAAAUGUGUAUUCGCUUCGUAACAAACAAUAAAGUCCCACUUGUUUU